AUGGCGCUCGAGCUACUCGCGGCCAUGCACAGGGAAGAACCGCGCGUUGUGGCAAAUAGCUUGAGCUACCUUGCUGCUGUGAAGGCUUGCAAUCACUUGGCAUCGCGAGAAGAAGCCAGGGACUUCGAUGGAAGAGCUGUGAAGAUCGAGAGCCUGGAGAAAGGCAUGGCUGUUCAUGCUCGAGCCACGGAAGCCCGGUGUGAUCGAGAUCUUUUAGUGGCGAGCAGCCUGAUCGAUAUGUACUCGCGAGCUGGAAGCAUGGAGGAUUCGCACAGGGCCUUUGAUCAAAUGGAGAGCCACGAUGUAGUGUCAUGGACGGGGCUCGUCUCCGGCUACGCCGAGAAUGGCGAUGGCGAGGGCGCCCUGGCGGUGUUCUUCGCGAUGGUGGACGAGGGAGUGGAGCCCGACUCGUGGACGCUCGCGGCGGCGCUCAAGGCGUGCGGAUCCAUCGCCUCGAGCAAAGCUGGGCGACGUCUCCAUGGCGAGAUUUGCCGGCAUGGACUGGAGGGCGAUACCAUCGUGGUCACCGGUUUGAUCGACUUCUAUGGGAAGUGUGCUACCAUGGCCGACGCUCAGCGUGUCUUUGAGGGUUCCAUGGUUGCCGCGCUGGACGAGGUUGCAUGGACGGCUUUAGUGUCCGGCUAUGCCGCCAGGGUGACGUGA